AUGGCGCCCUCGCCCCGGACCGGCGGCCGGCAGGAGGCGGCCCUGCCCGGCGUGUCCUCAACUUUGUGGGCGCUCGUGAUCCUGGCCGGCCUGCUCGUGGCCUACUGCAGUCAGCUGGCCGCCGGCACCUGUGAGAUUGUGACCCUGGACCGUGACAGCAGCCAGCCUCGGAGGACGAUCGCCCGGCAGACGGCUCGCUGCGCCUGCAGGAAGGGGCAGAUCGCGGGCACCACGAGGGCGCGGCCCGCCUGCGUGGACGCUCGGAUCAUCAGGACGAAGCAGUGGUGCGACAUGCGGCCCUGCCUGGAGGGGGAGGGCUGUGACCUGCUCAUCAACCGGUCCGGCUGGACCUGCACGCAGCCCGGCGGGCGCAUCAAGACCACCACGGUCUCCUGACAAACGCAGGCCCCGCAGGGCGGAGGGGCCUGGCUCCCUGGAGCGGCCGCCGGGCCAGGGCCCUCCUGCCGCCGACGCCCUCCGAGUCUCCGCAGCCCGACCCGGACGGACGGACGGCCACAUCCCGGGCCUUCUGAGCUGAGUCUGUCCGGCUGCACGAGGAGUCCCGCCUGGGACGCAGUGGGGGUGCCCCGCGUCCCCCCGAGCCUGGCCUCACCUGCCUUC